AUGAAGAGGCCCAUGUCAAGAAUAUCUGUAGAAUUGAAUCGGAUCGGAUCGAUUCAUGAAAAUACCCAAGAAAAUUUGUCUGGUUUGAGUAAUAUUUUGAAUGACCUCGAAAAUGUAUCUUUUGGAUCUGACUUGAUAAAUAUAAGUGAUCCAACUAUUUCCAAAACCUUUGAAGAUCAUAGAUGUAGAACUUGUUCAUUCGUUGAAUUGGAGUACAUUGAUGAAAUCACAUCUGCGGAGGAAGAAAUUGUUCCGAAAUAUGAUUCUUCAACAAGAGGAGGCGUUCUUCAAGAACUAGAAAAUGUUUUUUUCGAUCGAAACGUUCAGCAACAACAGUACAUAGGCAAACAAAUGAGUGUUGAUGUAACGGAAUUUGAUACGGACAGCACUACGACAGAAAAUACAGUAGAAAAUACGAAAGGGAAUACAGAGAAAGAUACAGAAGGAAAAAUAGGAGGAGUUACAGAAGGGAAUACAAAAGAAUAUGCAGAAGGAAAUACAAGAGAUGAUACAGUAGAAAAUACAGAAGAAUAUACAAAGGAUAAUACAGAAGAGAAUACAGAAGAAAAUGCAGAAGAAAAUACAGAAUGUAAUGAAAGAGAUGAUAUAAACGAAGAUACUGACGAUUCUGUUGAUGAUCCUGUUUAUGAGCCAAGUGAAAGUGAGGAUUUGAGAGAAGGAGAAAUAGAAGAUGAAGCUAUUGUCAGAGAUAUCAAUAUCGACAAAGGAGUAACUGAUCUUGCGUCAGUGUUCGAUCCGAGAUUUUGUGACAAUACUUUGAUAGCAAUCAACCGAGCUGCGCGAUUCGAUAGUGAAACAUGCAAUUAUGGAGCACCUACAGUUGCAUUUAGUUUAGGAAGUAUGCUUAAACAAAUUGGUAAAUUUUUGAUCAAUGAAUGUAUUAAAACCCAUCAAGAGGACAAGAAAAAAAAUGCGAAAUCUUUCCUGAAAUUGUUAACCGAAGAAAUCAAUAUAAGUGUUAAUAGAAAUGUCACAGAAUCUCAAGUGCAGAUGAGAAGACGACAGAAAGUUGUUCUUCCAUCGACGGAAGAUAUCAAGAAACUGCAUAAGUUUCUAUCGAAUAUACGGCAGAAGUCAUUAGCUGAUAUUAGGAAAAAAUUCUCAGUGAAAGUUUGGAUGCAACUAGCGGAAGCAACUUUGAUGUCGGUUCAAUUAUUCAAUAGGAGGAGGGCAGGUGAAGUCGAGAGAAUACUGGUUGAAGAUUUCAAUAGUUAUCAAAGUAUCGAUGAAGAGAGCAACAAAGAUUUGUUUCAGUCACUGAACGACAGUAGCAAACGUUUAGCCAAUAGAUAUGUACGUUUCGCUAUAAGGUGUGAAUUGAAUAGAACAGUACCUGUUCUACUAGACCAAAAUCUCCUAGAAUGCAUCAAAACCAUAAAUAAUCAUCGAGGAAUAGCUGGUGUUCCUGUAGAAAAUCCCUACGUUUUUGGGAUACGAGGAAGGAUGAAUGAUGAAUUCAAAUACCUAAGAGCUUGUUCUCUCAUGAGAAAAUUUUCCGAAGAAUGCGGAGCUGAGCAUCCAGAAAGACUUCGAGGGACAAAGCUAAGGAAACACAUCGCGACUACAUGCAUCACUCUGAACCUAGAAGAGCAGGAAAUAUCAGAUCUCGCCAAUUUCAUGGGCCAUGCCGAGAAUAUCCACAAGAAUAUUUACCGCCAACCUAUCAGCAGGGAUAUAAUCAGAAUGUCAAAAUUACUUGAAGUUGCACAAGGAGGUCUUAACAAUGAUAACAGCUAUAGUGAAAAUUCCACUGAUGAUGGGCCAAUUGAAGAGACCAUUACCACACCUAUUUCCUCAAGAAAUCCUGCUGUCAGUGUCGAAAAAAAAAGCCCAGUUACAGGUUAA